AUGUCACAAACUAUAACUAAAACUGAACCACUGACGUUGGACUCGCUUCUGCAAAGCAAGAUCUUUCAAAAUUCACGUCCCAAGUAUACAAAUUCCGUGGAGGUACAGUUACGUGAAUGCCAGGAUUUGUAUCUGAAGGCCCAAUUCUCUAACUUAGUAUCGAAAAUAUACCAGUAUAAACUUCUGGACAACAAGGGUUUUAACGAUUUCUAUAAGAAGGAUUUGUGGAAUUGGUUUCUCACUGCUAUCAGUGGGUUACGCCAGCUCGAAGAAUUAUCACCGGAAGUUCAGAAACAAGUCAAACAUGAACUAAGCCGUACUACAGGUGGUAUAUCUAAUGCAUGCAAGAACGUCCGACUACUUGUUAAAGAAAAGUUGUUGCUAAGUUACUUCAGAGCUGCUAUUCAUUACGGAAGCCUUGAAGUAAAUGAACACUCCCAAUUCUUCACAGACGUAAGUUCCUCCAUGGUAGGCGAAAUUGGAAAACUUGUCCUAGAAGUUUGCAGUGAGGGAGAAAUUAAGUUACUAGCCAAAAUGGUUGAAAUGUAUUUGUUGGACCUACAGGUCCGUUGUCAGCACCGGAUUCUUGACAAAUCCUUGUACAGCCAGCUUUGUCGAAAAGUCCCGCUGUUGAGUGACAAGCUAUCAGGAAAAACAACAGAUUCACAGGGUAGAACGUCGACCCAUCAAGAUAUUAUCUUACUGAAACUAGUGCCCAGAAAGAAAUCGCCUGUCGUCAAGACGAUUACUAAACCUGUCUCACCUUCUCCCCGGAUUGAAACAACCGAACAACUUCCCCAGCCAGGCCAAGCCGAAGGAAGCAUAAUAGGUAAACCGGGGGAAUAUCUGCGUUCUAGCUCAUCUAAGCGCUCAUUUUUCAGGUUUUUCCCAUCUUGGCUGAGUGAUUUCAGCGAUGCCAGAUUUGUGGCUAUUUGCAUCGUUCUAUCUGUUAUCCUGAGGAAGAUAAGAUGGGUCAACACCCUGUCAAAAUAUGGUGUCCUGCGUAUCAAGGACUACUUGGACUUUAUAUUUAAGGGUUGA